AUGACCGUCAAGCAGGCUCAGGCCAAGUGCGGUAACCAUGCUCAGCUGUCCUGUUGCAACGACGUAACCUGGGCCGGUGACAGCACCGAUCUCAACUCCGGUCCUUUCAGCGGCACCCUCAGCAACCUGGUCGGUACUGGCUCCGGUGCUAAGGGCCUUGGUGUCUUCGAGAAGUGCUCCAAGCUGGAUGUCCAGGUCCCCAUCCUGCUUAACGUCCCCGUCCAGGAUCUGGUCAAUCACAAGUGCAAGCAGAACAUUGCCUGCUGCCAGAACUCUGGCUCCAGCGCCGUAAGUUUCUACAUUCUCAUUCCAUCUUUUGAUCCUCAUCUGACAUCGUCACAGAAGGGCGACUUCGUCGGCGUUGGCCUGCCCUGCGUUGCCCUCGGAUCCGUCAUCUAA